AUUACUAUAAGACAGCAGACGCUCUUAUGUUCCUGCACUUGAACCACAAUAACAGGGAUUAUUUCAUGCACACGUGUCUCCGCUGACCACUGAAACAAACCUCCAGUACGGGAACUGAGGAUGAAGGUGAGGAGCGCUCUGAACCUGCUGUCUCUGGUGUGCCUGUGUGCCGCCCAAAAGAAAUUGACCCAGGACCCGUCCGAGUGGGACCAACGAGAGAAGCCAAACAGCAAGAGCUGUUCGAACUUGACGCAGGUGCUGGACAACUGGAAAUACGCCAUCAUGUACCAGGUGAAGGACAUGCUGGUCAACGAUCACGCGUCCAUUUUACCAGAAUACGUCAGGAUCAAGCCCCUGUCGGAUGCGGUGGGAGACCUAUAUAAGCAGUUCAACACGCUUAAGGACAACCUGGUGAAGCUGACCAACAAGUUUGACAAGGUAGAAAGCUUUGUGGAUGAAAUCCAAGCAGGAAACUUUCCCAGGCCAAAACUUUGGAUGCCGCCAAGACUCCCUGUCAGGAGAAUCCCAAAUCAGAUGGCAGUGAAAAAAGGUCUUGCAAAAGUCCCAGGUAAAUCAGUGUGGGCUCAGAGGAGAGCCAGAAGAGGUCCUAGUACCUAACAGACUACAGUGAUUUAGGAGAAGCAGCUUACUGGAUCUGGAGACAUAAUCAUGAUGCUUUUCUAAUAGUGGCCUGCUUAGACCGGAGAUAAGCCUGUCAGGUAUUAAAGGAAGAGUUCAUCUGAAAAUGAACGGUUGCUGAAAAUGUACUCACCUUCAGGACACCCAAGAUGGGUUUUUUCUUCAUUGCAUCACUUGCUCAGCAACGGAUCCUCUGCAGUGAAUGGGUGCCGUCAGAAUGAGAGUCCAAACAGCUGAUAAAAAAAACAUCACAAUAAUUCACAAGUAAUCCACACCACUCCAGUCCAUCGAUUAACAUCUUGUGAACUUGUUUCCAACUAAAAUAUGACUUCUCUAUCCAUAAUAUGUCUUUCUCUAGUGAAAAAGUCACCUUGCCUCAAUCAGGGGAGAAAUAUGCACAGACUAAGCACCAUUUACAAGUAAAAAAAACAGCCCAGUGUCGGUCGAUUUUGAUUUGAGAGGACAACAGAGGAUGGACUUUUUCUCUAGAGAAAGCUUUAUAAUGGAUUAUAGACACGUAUUUUAGACAGAAGCAACAGUUUAAAGUUAAAAAGAUCUUAAGAAUGGAUUUGUUUCUUAUAAACAUGCAGCUUUUUGCUUCAUUAGACAUUAAUUGAUGGACUGGAGUCAUGUGGAUGACUUGUGGAUUACUGUGAUGUUUUUAUCAGCUGUGUGGACUCUCAUUCUGACGGCACCCAUUCACUGCAGAGGAUCCAUGUGAUGAAAAUAAGUGAAAAUAUUACCUACGUCAUGAACUGACAAAUGGGACAUACUGGUUGUGAAAGGACCAAUGGGUUAUUUGUAUAGUGUGAUGGAGUUUGACAUGUCUAUAUGCACAAAUGAUUUAGAAAUAUUAACAAAAAUGUAUAUUAGAUCAUAUAACAAAUACAUUAAGCUUGUAAUAUUAGAGAUAUAACAGUGUUAAACACGGGGUCAGUUUGACUUAAACUGAAAAAUAACAUUUCUUGUGUAUGGUAUGAUGUAUUAAAUAUUGAAAUGUUUAUUUUUGAUCUUUUUUUGCUAAUUCACAAGAGCUUAUAAUGUGCAUGUAAAUACUGUACACAGAUUUUUAUUGCAAACACCCACAAAUAUGUAUGUUUCAGCAUGCUUAUCAAGGCACAUUACACAAAUGCAACUCAAAUAAUAAGCAUAUCAGUGCAUCUCACUGUUGCAUGCUAUAAUAAGCUAGUUAACUCAUUAAAAUUAAUAAAGAACCGUUCACAAUUACUUUUAUUAUAGAGUGUUUUCACAACACGUCAUCAGUCGGCUAUAUUGGCGGCACAGAGCGUAAACAAUGCCACUGAACCGAACAAAACUUGCGGAUUUUGCUAAUUAUUGCUGCUGAAAAAGGUCAAUUAUUGUCAUGUUUUGGGCUGUAUUAAUCGGUCGGCUGGGGAAAACAUUUGGCGUACUAUCGACUGCCAAAAGUUAUAACAAAUCAAGGAGAAGAGUGCAAAAAACUGUCUGAGGAAAUUCCAGAGCAAGAGUCUUGACAACAUUCAUGUUUGUUCUUAUCAUUUUCCAGUCAGGUAGGUGAAAUAUUAGGCUAA